AUGGGCACCGCCCCCAGCAUCACCAAACUGUCCCUGGGGGCCCCCGCACAUCCAGCGCACCGUCUCGCCGAGCCCGACGUGAGGGCGCGGUCGCCUUCCCGGUCGGAGGCCGUGGACCGAACGCGUAGGGGAAAACCGACCCUAGCGCGUGACGGGACCGACGAGGGCGGCGUGCGGACACGGGACGUCCACCUCGGCCGUCGGGGACCGGGGACCCGGGAGAGCCGCGGGACUCUGGCACGGCGACGCCCGGGCCGGGACACGCCUUUUGACCAGAGCGGACCGGGGACCCGGGAGAGCCGCGGGACUCUGGCACGGCGACGCCCGGGCCGGGACACGCCUUUUGACCAAAGCGGACGGGGGACCCGGGAGAGUCGCGGGACUCCGGCACGGCGACGCCCGGGCCGGGACGCGCCUUUCGACCGGACCGAGGCCGUUUCUCGGAGCCCUCUCGAGCCACGGCCGCGGGGCUCGGGAGCGUCGCUCGGGACGCGCCCCCCUACGCACCCUCCGAUUCCCGAGUCCCCUCAACCUCCGCUCCCCUCUCGGGACCCCCGCACGUGCUUUUCGGGCCUGUGCCUACGCGCGUACGCCUGGGAGGCCGUGUCUCGGAGCCCUCUCGAGCCACGGCCGCGGGGCUCGGGAGCGUCGCUCGGGACGCGCCCCCCUACGCACCCUCCGAUUCCCGAGUCCCCUCGACCUCCGCUCCCCUCUCGGGACCCCCGCACGUGGUUUUCGGGCCUGUGCCUACGCGCGUACGCCCGGGAGGCCGUGUCUCGGAGCCCUCUCGGGCCACGGCCGCGGGGCUCGGGAGCGUCGCUCGGGACGCGCCCCCCUACGCACCCUCCGAUUCCCGAGUCCCCUCGACCCUCCGCUCCCCUCUCGGGACCCCCGUACGUGCUUUUCGGGCCUACGCGCGUCCGCCCGGGAGGCCGUGUCUCGGAGCCCUCUCGGGCCACGGCCGCGGGGCUCGGGGGCGUCGCUCGGGACGCGCCCCCCUACGCCCCCUCGGAUUCCCGAGUCCCCUCGACCUCCGCUCCCCUCUCGGGACCCCCGUACGUUCUUUUCGGGCGUGUCUCGGAGGCCUCUCGAGCCACGGUCGCGGGGCUCCGGGGUGUCGCUCGGGACGCGCCCCCCUACGCCCCCUCCGAUUCCCGAGUGCCGGCGACCUCCCCUUCCGCCGGGACCGACCCUAGGCGUCGCGCGUCCGGGGCCCGUAUCUCGGCGGCCCCUCGAGCCACGGCCGCGGGGCUCGGGAUCGUCGCUCGGGACGCGCCCCCCUACGCCCCCUCCGAUUCCGGCGGGCCUACGACCUCCCCUUCCGCCGGGCCCGACCCUAGACGCCGCGCGUCUGGGGCCCGUAUCUCGGCGGCCCCUCGGCCCCCGGCCGCGGGACUCGGAGGCUCCGCCCGUGCCCGUGCCCCGCACGUACCGUCCGAUUUCGUGUCCCAGAGAGAGCCUUCGGGCCGGACCUCUCGUAUCGGGCCGGGACUCGGCGUGGGCGCCCCCCCGGGCCUGAAGCGCGCCCUGUCCGGAGCCCCGCCCCCUGAGUGGGCGGGAACCGGAACGGGGGGCACCGUGUCCACACGGAUGAUCUGUGAGGAGGUUCACCAGAUCACAAGUUCCUUUCCAUGCCGUGUCCUAGACGGCUGCUCUGUCGCCGGGCCCGAGGGUGACCUAGGACGUGUCGAGCAGUUCGGCCGGGUGGUUAGUGAACAAUAUAACCAAAGCGUCAUCGAAGAGGGGCCCUCCCUUCCUUCCUGGGGCCCGGGACCCGACGAGGGAACGUUCACCGGAUGCCGGGGGGAGGUCCUAGAGACACGGGACCGACGCGGGCGUCCUCACACGCCCGCGCCCUGGCCGCACGCCGAUUACGGGGCCGAUCGGACCGCGUCCCGGGCGGAGAUCGCCGGGGGCCCCCGGGGCCCCUCGGGGCGGAGCGCCCCGGCACGACGGGCGCCCCCUCCGGGUCCCGGGACGAUCGGACGGGGUCCGCCCGAGACUCGGGCCGGGGCCCCCGGGGACCCCGCGGGGGGCCCCCCCUGCCCCACGGGCGCGCCCCGUGCGCUCCGGGGCCCGUCGUGGGAAGGGAUCGCUAAAGUGUGA